AUGGAGGAGGUUUCGAAUAGAAAAAUGUCUACGGUACAGGGGAGGGAUACCCCAGUACUGGCGCUCAGGGGUGAGCAAGCGGGCCCCGGGGCGUCGUUAUCCGACGACCUCAGCACUAUGGUGGUGGCUGACCUGGUCACCAUGGUGUCCACUGCUACAUGCAGCGAUAACGUUGAAGCUCUAGCUCCAGACGAUAUCUGGGGUAAGCUGAAGGAAGUCGACGCAGUAGAAUGCGCUCAACUGACACGGAUGCGUCAGGUCCUUGAUAGCAUGAAAGUUGCGACGGAGAAGCAACGCAACGUUUCAAACGCUAUCAAGGAGGGCAUUCCACGCUUGGGCGAACUGGUCGACAUUAUGACCUUCAGCAGAGUAACACGCUGUAAAGCGAUUAGGGCGUUACAAUUAGCGCCUAUGUCUCCGGCCACACCUCCCCGCACUCCGGCAGCGAUUUGUCCUCCUCAAAAGAGGGGCAGGGCAGCGCUCUCCAGCCCGGAGGAUCAGGAGGAGGAGAAGAGAAGGAAGACGGUGGUCCAGCAUGCGGAAACCUGGACCACUGUUACAAAGAAGCGGGCAGAGAAGAAGAACUCCUCCGACAGCCUUAGUGCACCCCAAAAGGGGAAAAAUGCCAACACCCCGCCCAACAUAAAAAAGGGCGGGAAUAAGAAUAAAGAGCCGGCAAAGAAUCCGUAUGAAAACAAGAAGCCUGAUGGGACUCAGGCGAAGAAGAAGAAGAAGAAGAAGAAGAAGAAGAAGAGGAAACCUCGCCAGCGCUCGAACUGGAGCGCUGUGGUUGUCAAGCCCGCGGAGGGCAAGACUUAUGCGGAAGUCCUCGGGGCAAUACGUCAGAAAGUGCGCCCCGAGGAUACCGAGAUGGUUAUCCGCACGGCUCGCAAAACGAAGGAGGGCGCCGUCCUCCUUGAGUUGGACCGCUGCGGUAACCAGAUUGCCCUCCAGCGAGCGAUUCAAGAGGCCGUGGGGCAGUCCGGCGAGGCCAGGACCCUCACCAGCCGUGUUCGGCUAGAAGUAUUGGACAUGGACUGUCUCACCACUUCCGCGGAAGUGGAGGAUGCGGUGCGGCGCGAACUCGGCGACGACAUGUGCGGUCAGUUCAAGGUCGCCGUUUUCGCCCCGAACGCGCGUGAGCUUCGAAUGGCGGCCCGAAAGCUCCUGGAAAAAGGGAAGCUGUGCGUCGGUUGGAUCCGUUGCCGUCUACGGCAGCGGACGGACGUGCAGCGCUGUUUCCGGUGUCUUGGAUUCGGCCACCGGAAGCAGGAGUGCAAGAGGCCGGACCGCAGCGGCCUCUGUUGGAAGUGCGACCAACAGGGGCACAAGGCGACCGCCUGUACCACCAAACCGUGCUGCUUCCUCUGCUCCGAUGGAGCAGGCGGACAAGGCGAAGGGUCGGAAAGGACCUUCUUCGUCCUCCAGGGCAACCUAAACAGGAGUAGGGUCGUUGAUGACCUGCUGACGCAGUUCGUUCACGAGCGCCGUGCUAGCGUAGCGAUCGUCAGCGUACCCUACCGAACGAGAGCUAACUGGCACGUAGACAGCUCCGGCUCCGCGGCGAUUUGGGUCAUCGACCCCCUUGUAAGGAUCGCUAAUCGUGGAGCUGGAUGCUGCUACGCGUGGGUGACGACGGAGCAAGCCACAUUCGUGAGCUGUUACCUCUCCCCCAACGACAAUAGCCAGAGAUUCAGGGACAAGCUCGAGGCCCUUGAGGACGAUCUGCGAGAUAUCCCCGGCGCACUUGUUGUCGCCGGAGACUUUAACGCGCGGGCCAUAGAGUGGGACAUGCCGCAACCCAACACCAGAGGUAAACUGGUGUUGGAGAUGGCUGUCCGACUCGGCCUUGUCGUCCUCAACGUCGGUGCAACACCAACGUACCGGCAACCGGGCUUCGGGUAUUCGAUCCCUGAUAUCACGCUGGUGUCGGAGGACCUGGUCCGCAAAGCCGUUGGUUGGAGGGUGAUGGAAGACUUCACCGGUAGUGAUCAUCAGUACAUCACCUUCCAGCUCAUCGACGCGACGCGAAAGCAGCCAGCUGUUAGCGCGCGUCGACCAUCUGGCUGGAACGCAGCCAAGAUGGACGGUGAAAAAUUCGUCGCAACCUUGCUCGAUGGCGCUCGGCACAUUCCACCAGUGCCCGAGGACGCCAAUGAUGUCGGCGCGGUGGACGCUCUAGUGGACACUACCAUGGGGAUCAUCCACCGCGCAUGCGAUGCGUCCAUGCCUCGCAAGAGGCCUUGGAAAGGCAGGACGCAGGCGUACUGGUGGAAUGACCAGAUAGCCGAGCUCCGGAGGCGUUGCCAUCAAUUGCGCAGGUUGGCGCAACGCGCCGCCGGCCGACCUGAGGCGGCGGAAAAGGCUCUGGCUUACAAAGCCGCCAAGAAGGCCUUGGGAAAAGCCAUCCGGACGAGCAAGGAAUGCAGCUGGAAGCAGCUCUGCGACGAAGUGGACCAGGAUCCUUGGGGGAGGGGCUAUAAGCUCGUGAUGGGCAAGCUCCGCCCACCCACCCAGGUCAUGGACGAGAGGAAGGCGCGAUACGUCGUGGAUGCCCUUUUUCCGACACAUCCGGUCACAGUCGAGCCCCGUCUGACCGAUGAGGAGAAGGACAUCCCGCCGUUCCGCGCCGAGGAGCUCGUGCUUGCGGAACGCAGCAUGAAGUCCGGUAAGGCCCCGGGCCCCGAUGACAUACCGGCAGAGGCGAUUAAGGCAGCUGCUCGCAACUGUCCUGGCCUCUUGCUCGGUAUGUACAACGGGUGCCUGAGAGCAGUAGUCUUCCCAGCUCGGUGGAAGCUGGCACGCCUUGCCUUGAUUCCCAAGGGCAAAGGCGACUCCGAUUCCCCAUCAUUUUAUCGCCCCCUGUGUGUGUUAGACACAGCGGGGAAGAUGAUGGAGCGCUUGCUUAAAACAAGAAACACCGUGAAAACACGGACGUUAAAAGUUAAGACCAGGAAACUUAAUUAA